AGUUACAAGAGAAUUUUAAAAAGUUUGUGCAGUAUGUCAAAGAAAAAGAUCCGGAUUUUGCGAAAUUAGCGAUAAAUCCUCCACAGAUCCAUGUUACUUUGUUUGUUAUGCACUUGGGCGACAAGGAAAAGAUCGAAGAAGCACGUCAAUGUUUGUUGCAGAAUAAAGAGCUAUUAGAUGAAUUCUUUCCCGAAGGAGGACCAUUAUUGCAUUUUUUCGGGAUAGACACCUUUGAAAAUGGCCGAGUAGUAUUCACCACUCCAAAACAAACUCACGACCUGACCGAAUUCUGUAAACUAGCACAUGCACUAUUUGAUAGAUUUGGCGCGGCAGAACUUUUGCCCGACCAAACUAAAGAAGAUUUCGAAGCAGAGUUCAAACCUCACGCUACGCUAAUGAAAGUUUCCGGAAAAAGAUUAUUUAUUUCAAGAAAGAAAUUGUUAAAGAAAAUGCGAACUAUUGAAAGUGAAGAUCAAAAUGUUUCUGUUGUAGAUGAAGCAGAGGAGGUAGACGAGGAAGAUGAAGAAGAAAUAGUUUUUGGUCCGGGAUUUAAUUUAUUGUUUAAUGAUGUACAAGAAGAGACGGGUCAAGCGUCGCGAAAUGUAACAGAGGAUCAAAAUGAUAAGAAUGAAGAAGAGGCAAAAGAAUCAACAACUAAUAUAGAAGAAUUGACCGAUGAUUAUAAGACCAGCAAUACAUCUUUAUUAGCUGAGAAAAAUGAAGUUUCAGUAGAAGAAUCGUCUGCAAAUUCAAACGGGGAAACAGUCGUCAUGAUGGAUGAAAAUCAAGACAUGGUGAAUACAGCAAGAGAACCCACAGAGGAUAACUAUGAAGAAUUUGCAAGAUUGGCACAUGAUGAUUUUUCAUCAUCAACAUCUGGUUUGAGAAGAGACAUGAGGAUCUCGAAAAGAGAGCUAAAGAAAAGGAAAAAAGCCGAAAAACUUGAACGUUUACUUGAGACAACAGCAACAGCAAAAUCCACAAACAAAGGAAAAAACAAGAAACGAAAAAGAAAUUUCGAUUUCGGCGCUCAGAUUAUAAAAAGUGUAGAUCUAUGUUCAAUGCUGCAACCGAAAGCGGAAGAUGGAUACUACGCUGUCGUUGAAAGCAUUGAAUUUCGAGAGAGAACAGCUUAA